UCUAUAAAUAGGGGAAACCUUCAACCCACAAUUCCCCAAAACCUCUUUAGAGACUAUCAAUCGCCGCGUCUUCUUCGAAAAAACCACUCAGCUUCUCUCUCCUUUUGUUUCUGCUACUGCUAUGGCGCCUAACAAGAUCAUCCUCAAGAGCUCCGACGGUGAAUCCUUCGAGGUAGACGAAGCUGUUGCUGUUGAGUCCCAGACGAUCAAGCACAUGAUCGAAGACAAGUGUGCCGAUAACGGAAUCCCUCUUCCUAAUGUCACCGGAGCCAUCUUGGCUAAGGUAAUUGAGUACUGCAAGAAGCACGUGGAGGCCGCCGCUGAGGCUGCCGGUGCUGACAAGGAUUUCUGUGGUUCCACCGAGAACGAUGAGCUUAAGACUUGGGAUACCGAAUUCGUUAAAGUCGAUCAGCCUACGCUCUUCGAUCUCAUCCUGGCUGCUAAUUAUCUGAACAUCGGUGGACUUCUUGACCUAACGUGCCAGGCCGUGGCUGAUCAGAUGAAAGGCAAAACUCCAGAUGAGAUGCGUGCUCACUUCAACAUCAAGAACGAUUACACAAAGGAGGAAGAAGAGGAGGUUCGCAAUGAGAACAAGUGGGCCUUCGAGUGAUGUGGAUUGGAUUAGGAUCCGGUGCUUCUCUAUGACAACUUAGUCUUUAAGUCUUUCUUAGAUUUGGAUUGCCCUUUUUGUUACUUUUCUUUAUGGUAGUUUUCAAGAUGAAAAACCGAAUGCUUUGUUUCUACUAACAGGAUCCUCUUUGGUUUUUAUGGAAUAUAUUUUAAGAAUGAAAGUGUUGGUCUUUGCUUAA